UUUGUCAACAAAAACUCCGUCUGAAUUGACCUGAAUAAUGAUUAGAGGGCAAAAUGGGAAGGGGGAUGACGAUUUCACGAGGAUCAAAAAUCAGAAAGCCGAUGAAAUAGAGGCACGGCGAAGGAUAAUAGAGAAAAGUGCCGAAAAGAAGCGAAGAUUACGUCAACAGCACAUUGAACGCAAAGAAGCAUUAGAAGCGGAAAAACUACAAUAUGCCAAGGCGGCUGGUGAUGUAAAAAUUCGGCAGCUUAAACGCACGCAGCGACUAGUCGAGGAGCUUGCACGUCGUAAACAUAUCGAACUGCAAGAGUCAUUAAAGAGUAGAAAGAUAAAAUCUGCUGUUCCAUCUGUAUGUAACGAAGCUUUGGAGAAGAAACACGUAGAGUUGAUAGAAAAGAAGACUCAGGAUGAACAGAUACAAACUUCUAAUCUGUCCAGCCCAUGGGAUGUCGAGGAAGAUUUUGAGAUAAAGCAGCGGCAGAAGAAAUUAAGUUACAAAAGAGAUCUCCAGAACCAACUCCUAGAUAAUCGACGGAAACUGCGUGAGAAAGAGGAGGAGAAGCAUCGCGAGCGAAAAAUAAUGGAAGAAGUUGACGAGACGAUGCACCAAGAAAAUUUGGAAGCGGAGAAGAGGAAGAAAGAAAUAGCUGCUUUGAUGGAGGCUGAGAAGGAUGCUUUUUUAAAAGCUCGACGAUUUUGGAAAGAGAAGAGGAGGGAGGUUCUGAAGCAGGAACACGACGAGAUUUUGCGAAUCAUCGCUAAAAGGGAGGCUUUGCAAAAGAGGGAAGCUGAAGGAAAGGCCGAUACUCAGGCAGCUAAGGACGCUAUGUUAGAAAAGAUGAUGAGUAAAUUGAUGGAAGAAGAGCAUAAACGAAUAGAACGGGAAGAAAUUUCCAGGGAAUUAUAUUUGGUAGAGAAAGAACGCAAACUGGCGGGUGAAGCGAUUAAACUGGCGAUGAAAAAGAAACGUACUGCGAGACAACAACUAGAAGAGAUGGCAAAAACUCAGAGAGCUGUGGCUGAAAGGAAGGCGAAAGAAAAUGCGAUCGACGCUGCUUUCGCCAAGUAUUUGGCAGAUGAACGAAAGAAACAGGAGGAAAAGGAAGGCCAAAAAGAGCAAGCACGACGCGAAAAAGUCGUCCAAUAUGGAAAUGAAUUGCGCGAGGCUAUAGAGCAAAAUAAAACGCAACGUUCGAAGGAUGCAGGAAAGAUAAGGCGUGAAAUUAAUAUUAACGAAACUAAGUGUCAUUCGGAAUCUAACUUGGAGGCAGUGAAAUUUCAGCAGGCAAAGAACAACGUGCUUUAAAUAGAAACACCGAAGAUGAAAUUAAAUUUUUAAUUCUACAGCUAUUUAUUGGUAUACAGAUAUAUACAAUGAUGCGCGAAAACCAUCGCUCUCGCGGUUCUUGCGGCUCUCGUCAUUUAUACAAAGUCCGUGUAAAAAUACAGCAGCCCCAUCUUAUAUUGGA